AUGACACACAAAGACCUGUUAAGUCGGAAUUAUUUCAAGGUCUAUAAAGAUGCUCUACCACAAUUAUGUCGCCAAACUGAACUGCUAGGGGGUUUGAUUAGUGAGAGGCUAGAGCAUCCAAUGAAGUGGUUGAUGCGAUUAUCAUUAUGGCUCUUGUCAACAUGGAUAGGAACCUUCAUAUUAUGUGGAAGAGGCAGCUUGUCAACCCAAUUUCCCUACUUUCAGAGUUUUGCCCAAGUUUCUCAGCAGAAACGAGAACAGAUAGUGGUGUCAUGGUCUCUCAGUUACUUUCAUCUCCGUCGGAUGUUCUUCAAGACCAUCAAGCUUCUCACUCUCCUCGUCUUCUUCACUCAAGUGGAUGAGAAUGAUGAGAACCUAUCUUGGAAAGCAAUUGGCUACACGGGACCUGAUCCAGAUAUCCUUAACAAAACCAAUCUAUCAACAGCAUCAACAAGAAACGGAUAUGAAAGACCAGACACUGAAGAACAAGAAUAUCAAAGAGAUUACAAAGAAGAAUUCUUUGGACCUCUUUACCAUGGCAUCAUCAAUUUGAGCAAACCAAAGGAUGUAGUUGCCAAUAGUCUAAUGAGAUUUGGAAUUCCAGUCUCCGUUAUUUACUCGCCAAAAACAUCCUCCGACCCCUCUUUAAUUUUCCGAUGCGAUGCUGUAGUAAUUGGUUCAGGCUCUGGCGGUGGUGUUGUUGCUGGCGUUCUGGCCAAGGCUGGUUACAAAGUGAUCGUUUUGGACAAGGGAGACUAUCAUGCCAGGAAGAACCUUACACUUCUUGAAGGACCCACAAUGGAUCAAAUGUACCUAUCAGGAGGUUUGGUUGCAACUGAUGAUAUGGGGGUUUUACUACUUGCUGGCUCCACUGUUGGUGGAGGCUCUACAAUCAACUGGUCAGCCUCAAUUCGAACACCUCAGCAUGUAAUUAGCGAAUGGUGCAGUCACCAUCGGCUAGAACUGUUCAACAGUCAACUAUAUCAAGAAGCCAUGGAUAUUGUCUGCCAACGAAUGGGAGUUCAAUCUGACAUACAUGAAGAAGGAUUCAACAAUGCUGUUUUGAGAAGAGGGUGCCAAGAAUUGGGGUAUCCUGUACAUAAUGUUCCUCGAAACGCAGGACCAGAUCACUAUUGUGGUUGGUGCUGCCUCGGCUGCAAGGAUGGAAGCAAAAAGGGUACAUCAGAGACAUGGCUGGUCGACUUACACUAG